UACCCCACAUUUAUUUUGAAAGGUUUAAGCGGUUUAAGCGGAAGCUGUGACUCCUGUUCCCGUUUCCAUGGUGACCAUACCUAACAACAGCCAUGGCAACCGCAACGCCAUCAGCUACCUGUAAUAUAAAGUCCCGGUUUCCGGUGUAAUUAACGGUUUUCGGCGGUUAAAGUAAAAUGUCUUCCACGGCGGAGCCUCCGGACCAGGAGGACUUUGAUCAGUUCUUCACCGUGUUUGACGGCUCUUCUCCGGAGGACGUGUCCCAUGCCAGGCAGCUGUGGAGCUCGCUGUCCCUGCUGCCGCCGCUGGAGUCCCGGCUGGUGUCGGCGGACAUCCGCCAGAGACUGCCGGUGUCCCGGCCGCAGCGCAGCAGCACCGCCGGUCCCAGACAGUGGGCCCCGGAGCCGCCGAGGGUCCCCGCCGUCCGGCAGAGGCGGGAGGAGAGGCAGCGGUAUGCGGACAUGGCCGACCAGAGGAGGGAGACCCUGGCGCUGCUGGGGAGGCAGAGGGAGCAGCGGGUCCGGAGGGAGCUGGUUUCUGUGGACUUUAAACCGAAGAUGAAGUCCAGAGAGAAAGUGCUGAGAGCACAGGAACCCGCAGACUGUGAGACGGACCCGGAGCUGGUGGAGCAGCUGCAGUAAAGCUCCCUGAUUGACUCUUUAGAAAGGCUUCACAUGUAUAGAAGCACAAAUAGGCCAAAAUUAAAGUUCAGCAGUGACAGUGGCUCCCAACCUUCUUUUAGGGCCCCUCAGUGACAUAUUUUAUGUCUAUUUUAUAUUAUAUUCAAAACUAUUUGACAGUUUACUGAACAAUUUACUUUACAUUAACUUUUCCUGACAGAAAUGAACCAAAUGCUGAGAUACAGACGUAUUGGCAAAAGCAUUUCUCUUUCUUCUUUCUCUUGAUCUUUAGUCUCUCUCAUUUGGACUUGGUCUUGACUCGAGUCUCUUUGGACUCAACUAGUCUCGGACUUUGACUGCAGUCACAUAUUUUGUUAUAUUUUUUGAAAUUUUUCUCGUUCUCCUGCUAUUUAAUUUCAAAAUAAAGGCCUGAAAACAUCA